AAGAACUAGAAAAUAGUAGUAUUUAUCAAAAUACUACUACUAGAGUAUGUUUGCCCCAAAACAGAUUAAAAAAAAGAAAAAAAAUAAAAAAGGAAAAAGGAACAUAAAGCGACAUAUGUAUCCAGUCCUAAAUUCUCACACUCGGCCAUAGUUCGGUGUGUAUAUUUCUCGAAGAGAUCCAUCAGAUUCCACCACACACCCCCACACCCCCACUCUCUCUCCUCCUCCUCCUUUCUCUCUCACACAGACACACACAAAACUAAACAAGGAAAGAUGGUGAGAAAAAACCACUGAAAAAUUAUAGGGAAGCCUCAUUCAAUUUGAAACUUCUCUGUCUUUCCAACUCCAUCUCAAAAACCCUUUUACCCGACGAAGAAAUUAGGGGAUUAAAAAAAAAAAAAAAGGAAAGGUGAGUUUACAUAUACAGCAAAGGCACCAGCACCACCUCAAUCACAGAUAUAGACGCUCUGUUGUUGUUUGUUUGUUUGCUGUGGCUUUUUUACUUUAUUUUAUUUGGCCUUCUCUGUCUAGACUAGACCUACUUACUGUUCUUUCUUUUGUGGGUUUUUCCUUUCACUUUUGAUUCUUCAUCCAUCCAUCUUCAUAAAGCAGCAAAAUCAAAACCCCCCUUAUUAGUCUCUCUUUGUUCUUUUAGAACCUUAUCAACAAUACCCUCUAUUAUCUUCUUUUCUAGUUUCUUCUCCUGCUUUCAGUUGCUCCUAAGGUUUGGAGCUUUCCAGAUCUGAAAGCAUUACAAUGAAGAUUUUGGAGUUUUAUUUAACAGCUCCUUGACGAGGUUCUUCAGAGAUCUAGGCGGUCAAUAUAGUUUGAACUCUGCUUUUCAGUUUCAUGCUUUGUACCUCUCUCCUAUUUAAUACUCGAGCCAGUUCAAAGAUUCUUCUUUUUAACUGUUACGGCUUUUUAUUAUUGGGGUGAGAGAUCUGAAAGGGUUUUAGCAUCUGUGCUUAUAUAUAAGUUAUUAGGGGUGUUCUUGUAAGGUUAGCCCGAAGAGGGGUUUGAGUUAAAGGGCCCAGAAAAAUGCAGAGGCCUCCACAGGAAGAUUUCCAGCUUAAGGAGACUAAACCCCACCUUGGUGGAGGGAAGGUCACCGGAGAUAAGCUCACCAGCACUUAUGAUCUUGUCGAGCAAAUGCAGUACCUUUAUGUUAGGGUGGUAAAGGCAAAAGAUUUACCUGGGAAGGAUGUGACUGGCAGUUGUGACCCUUAUGUCGAGGUUAAGCUUGGAAACUAUAAGGGCACCACUCGCCAUUUUGAGAAGAAGUCCAAUCCUGAAUGGAAUCAGGUGUUUGCCUUUUCAAAGGAUCGGCUUCAGGCUUCGGUUCUUGAGGUGACUGUGAAAGAUAAAGAUCUUGUGAAGGAUGAUUAUAUUGGUCGGGUGCUGUUUGAUUUGAAUGAAGUUCCGAAAAGGGUUCCUCCCGACAGUCCUUUGGCACCGCAAUGGUAUAGAUUGGAGGACCGGAAAGGUGACAAGGUGAAAGGAGAGCUUAUGCUGGCUGUCUGGAUGGGUACUCAAGCAGAUGAAGCAUUUCCUGAGGCUUGGCAUUCAGACGCUGCUGCUGUUAGCGGUGCUGACGGUCUAGCAAACAUUAGGUCAAAAGUGUAUCUUUCACCAAAGCUUUGGUACCUUAGGGUUAAUGUGAUUGAAGCUCAGGAUUUAAUACCUAAUGAUAAGAGUCGGUUUCCUGAAGUCUUUGUGAAGGCCAUUCUUGGGAAUCAAGCCUUAAGGACUAGAGUAUCCAUGAAUAAGACAAUUAAUCCCAUGUGGAAUGAGGAUUUAAUGUUUGUAGCAGCAGAACCGUUUGAGGAACCGUUGAUUCUGAGUGUGGAAGAUAGAGUUGCUCCUAAUAAGGAUGAAGUUCUUUGCAGGUGUGCCAUUCCUCUGCAAUAUGUUGACAGGAGGUUAGACCAUAAACCUAUAAACUCCAAGUGGUAUAAUCUCGAGAAACAUGUUACCGUUGUUGAGGGCGAAAAGAAGAAAGAUGUGAAGUUUGCAAGCCGGAUUCACAUGAGAAUCUGUUUGGAAGGUGGGUAUCAUGUUCUCGAUGAAUCGACCCACUACAGCAGUGAUCUUAGACCUACUGCAAAGCAAUUGUGGAAGUCGAGCAUUGGGGUUCUGGAAUUGGGUAUCCUGAAUGCUCAGGGCCUAUCACCAAUGAAGACAAAAGAUGGGAGGGCAACAACUGAUGCUUAUUGUGUUGCAAAAUAUGGGCAGAAGUGGGUACGGACCAGGACAAUUAUUGACAGCUUUGCACCCAAGUGGAACGAACAGUAUACUUGGGAAGUAUUUGAUCCUUGCACAGUCGUCACCAUUGGGGUUUUUGAUAACUGUCAUCUUCAAGGAGGUGACAAGUCUGGAGGGGCAAGAGACUCACGAAUCGGGAAGGUCAGAAUCCGCCUUUCUACUCUAGAAACAGAUCGUGUUUAUACACAUUCUUAUCCGCUUUUGGUUUUGCAUCCUUCUGGUGUUAAGAAGAUGGGAGAAAUUCACUUGGCGGUUAGAUUUACAUGCUCUUCAUUGUUGAACAUGAUGCAUUUGUACUCUCAACCUUUGUUGCCCAAAAUGCAUUACAUUUAUCCUUUAACUGUGAGUCAGCUUGACAGCUUGAGGCACCAGGCCACUCAGAUUGUGUCAAUGAGGCUUAGUCGUGCUGAGCCUCCUUUGAGAAAAGAGGUAGUGGAGUAUAUGCUGGAUGUGGGGUCUCACAUGUGGAGCAUGAGAAGAAGUAAAGCUAACUUUUUCAGAAUCAUGGGUGUGUUAAGUGGGAUAAUUGCGGUUGGGAAAUGGUUUGACCAGAUUUGUAAUUGGAAGAAUCCCAUUACGACCGUCCUGAUUCACAUUCUGUUCCUGAUCUUGGUCUUGUAUCCGGAGCUCAUUCUGCCAACAAUCUUUUUAUACCUUUUCUUGAUUGGAGUUUGGUACUACAGGUGGAGGCCAAGGAAUCCCCCCCACAUGGAUACUAGACUCUCUUGUGCUGACGCAGCCCUUCCCGAUGAACUCGAUGAGGAGUUUGACACGUUUCCUACUUCGCGUCCUCCAGAUAUUGUUAGGAUGAGAUAUGACCGGCUGAGAAGUAUUGCUGGAAGGAUUCAGACCGUGGUUGGUGACUUGGCAACCCAAGGAGAAAGGCUUCAAUCGUUGUUAAGCUGGAGAGACCCUAGAGCGACUGCCCUUUUUGUGAUAUUUUGUCUCGUUGCAGCGAUUGUGCUUUAUGUGACACCUUUUCAAGUAGUAGCUCUUCUUGCUGGAUUUUAUGUGUUGAGGCAUCCGAGGUUCCGUCACAAACUCCCAUCAGUUCCCCUUAACUUCUUCCGGCGGUUGCCUGCGAGGACUGACUGCAUGCUUUGAGUUUUUGGCCCUGGAUCAUCAUUGUGUCACGGAUAUUCAAUUUUCUCUGUCUUCCCAGUCAAUGAAGAUGAUUUCAACAAAAAAAAUUGAAGCUGGUUCAUUUGCUUCGUGGUAUUUAUCAUGUGUUAGGUAUUUUAGAAUGUACCAGAUUGUCUGGACUUUGAAGUUAAGUUUUUGUUCAUAGGAUCUUUGCGUUUGAUGUUGACAUUUGCUCUAUGAUUUAUCUUAUCAAUCCUGCUCUGCAGCUUUCUGUUACAUUAAUAUUCGGUACUUAGUAGUGUAUUUUGUUGUUAGGAAAUUCUAUGGCCUGGAUUUUAAUGCGUAGUUCUUGUGAUUUUAUUUCUCAUGCGUUGUGUUUUCUUUCCUUUGAAUGAGCUGUGA